AUGGGGCGGGGCUUCUCGGGGGCGGGGUUGGGGGACCCCCCCCAAUAUAGGGGCUCCUCGGGGGGCCCCCCCGGGCGAUGGCGGCCGCGCUGGUGCUGGCGCUGCUGGCGCUGCUGGUGCUGCUGGCGGUGGGGGGGGGGCGCGGGGGGGGCGGGGCGGGGGGGGAGGGGCCCGCGGGGGGGGGCGCUGCACCUCCUGCACCCGGGGGGGGCGCAGCACCUCAGCCGCCUCGCCCGCCGCCACGGGCCCGUCCUGCGCAUGCGCCUGGGGGGGCGCGACGUGCUGGUGCUGAGCUCGGUGGGGACCAUCCGGGAGGCGCUGGCCCGGCACUGGGGGGACUGGCUGGGGCGCCCCCCAAGUUACCUGGGGGCGCUGGUGUCGCGGGGGGGGCGGGACCUGGCGCUGGGCGCCCCCUCCCCCGGCUGGCGGCGGCAGCGGGCGGCGGCGCGGGGGGCGCUGGCGCGGGCGGGGGGGCGGCUGCGGGCGCUGCUGCGGAGCCAGGCGGGGGCCCUCUGCGCGGAGCUGCGUUCCCACGGGGGGGCCCCCCUUGACCCCUUUGAGGUCUUUCCGUUCCACACCUGCAGCACCAUCAGCCGCCUCCUCUUUGGGGACCUGAUGCCCCCCGAGGCAGAGGUCCGGGCCUUCACCCGCUGCGUGGUGGAGCUGCUGGACGUGUGGGGCAGGGCCAGCGUCCAGGCCCUCGACCUGCUCCCGGUGCUGCGGGUCCUGCCCAACCCGGGGCUGCGGGAGCUGCUGCGCCUCGUCAAGCACCGCGACGCCUUCGUAGAGGCCCAGAUCCGGCGGCACGAGGAGUCCCCGUCCCCCCCAGAGGACACGGUCCUGGGGGCGCUGCGGGGGAGGGACCCGGGCGUCCCGGGGUGUCCCCUGAGCCCCCUCCGCCUCCACAUGGCCCUGGUUGAUCUGUUCAUCGGGGGCACGGAGACGACAGCUGCCGCCCUGGCCUGGGCCAUCGCCUUCCUGCUGCACCGUCCCGAGCUGCAGGAGCGGCUGCGGGCGGAGCUGCGGCGGGAGCUGGGUCCCACCGGGACCCCCCAGGUGGGCGACACUGGGCGCCUGCCCCUCCUCCACGCCACCGUCACUGAGACCCUGCGCCUCCGACCCCCAGCUCCCCUGGCCUUGCCUCACUGCGCCCGCCGCCACACCAGUGUCGGGGACAUCUCAGUGCCGGCUGGAUCCAUCCUGCUCCCCAACCUCCUGGCUGCCCACCAUGACCCUGAAACCUGGCACCUCCCCGAGGCCUUCCUGCCAGAGCGGUUCCUGGUGCCGGGGGCUCCCUGGCGGUCGCUGGUACCCUUUGGCUGCGGGGCCCGAUCCUGCCCAGGGGAAGGGCUGGCACGGGCCGAACUCUUCGUCUUCCUGGGCCAGAUCCUGCAGGAAUUCCGCCUGGAACCCCCUGCCCCAGGGGUAUUGCCCUGCCUGGGGGUGUCGGCAGGCACCGUCCUGCGCUGCCCGCCCUUCCGUGUCCGCAUGGUGCCCUGCCAGGCCUCUGCCUAACCCUGCACGGCUGCUGGGACUGGCCUGGAAUAGUGGGGGCUGCCUGUGGCCUUCAGUCCUGGGUGUCUGGGGUCACCCACAUGCCUGGGUCCCCCCCUUCUCCUCACCCCCGCCACCACUCGCAUGCCUGGCUCCCCCCAGAUGCCUGGGUUCACCCAUGGGGAGGGGCUUACAGCCACCUUUUAUUACGCC